CUCUGAUCUUUCCCCCCGCACACGAUCACACUCUCUACCAAGCUAGCAGCUCCCUUGCUUACACACCUCUUCCUUUCCUCACCUUCUCUCUCUCUAUCUCUCUCGCCUGUGGCCACACCUGACCGCUAGGCUGCUAGCUGGAGCAAUCUAUAUGUGAAGAGAGAGCGAGCACACACAGGCUCAAGGCCACCACCUUGGAGGGCUUGUUGAUCUCUGAAGCAGCCAGCAGCUCCGGCACCUGCCAAUCCAUCUCCAUGUCGGGCGCGAGGCAUGACCACCACCAGCACCACCUCUCCGGGGACUUCCAGUUCCACGACGAGCUGGCGUCGCUGUUCGCGCAGCGGCCCGACGCGCCGACGCCGAUGAUGCAGCAGCCGUGGUUCACGGACUACCUGCACACGAGCGCGCCGACGCCGCUGGACUACGACGCGUUCGCGGGGCACGACUUCGACGUGGUGCUGGCCGUGGACGAGGACGUGAAGCGGGAGCUCGUGGUGGACACUACCGGCGCUGCUGCCGGCAGCGGGGGCUUGACGACGGCGGCGCCGCUCACGCCGAACAGCGUGUCGAUGUCGUCGACGUCGAGCGAGGCCUGCGGCGCCGGCGCCGGAGCGGACGAGGAGUCGGCCGGGAAGUGCAAGAAGGAGGAGAGGGAGGAGAGCAAGGACGGAUCGGCGGGGGGCAAGGGAGAUGGGGAAGGAGAGGAGAAGAACAAGAAAGGGGCGGCGAAGGGCAAGGGCAAGGGCGAGAAGCGGCCGCGGCAGCCGCGGUUCGCGUUCAUGACCAAGAGCGAGGUCGACCACCUCGAGGACGGCUACCGGUGGCGCAAGUACGGCCAGAAAGCUGUCAAGAACAGCCCAUUCCCGAGGAGCUACUACCGGUGCACGACGCAGAAGUGCCCGGUGAAGAAGCGGGUGGAGCGGUCGUACCAGGACGCGGCGGUGGUGAUCACCACGUACGAGGGCAAGCACACGCACCCCAUCCCGGCCACGCUGCGCGGGAGCUCCCACCUCCUCGCCGCGCACCACCACGCGAACCUCCACCACCAGCACUUCCGGAUCCCCGGUUCCAGCGCGGGCGGCGGCCUCACCUUCAGGCCCGGCGGCGGCGCCUUCGACGCGCUCGGCCUCCUGCAGCCGCCGCCGCCGUCGCAGCAGCAGCUGGUGAUGAGCGGCGAGGGCGCCGGCGCCGUCUCCGGAUUGCAGCAGGCGAACGCCGGCAUGCCAAGCCAUGCGCUGCCUGACCAGCAGCAUGGCCUUGCUGCCAUUGUGGGUACGGCGGCUGGUGCUACCGCUGCCACGGCCACCUCCGCGGCAACAACUAGCAGCGCUCCGCUCCGGAUGCAGCACUUCAUGGCGCAGGACUACGCUGGACUCUUGCAGGACAUGUUUCCAUCCUUCGUCCACAACAACGACGAUGGCGACAAUCUCCACCACUGAUGACUGAUGAGAGGUUCUCUUUUUUUUUUUGAAGCGAUUAUUGAUGAUGAGAUGAUGACGACGACGAUGAUGAUAAUGUCGAGGUAGUAGCCUGACAGAGAUUUGGUUGCUGUUAACUUUGUGGUUCUUGUAUCAUUGUAUGGUACGUGAUGAGAUAUGAUCUGAGGUAGCUAGCAGUAGUAGCAUCAGCUGUGUAGGACGGGCUCCAGUACGUACCAGAGCGGUUUGUUGUACAUGCACAUGUACCUGAUUCUAAUGAGCCCAUCACGCGUUGCACUAGCUUAUUAAUUUGGGACAUGCAUGUGCUGUGCUGUUGAGCUGUGGCAGUUUUAUCCUCCAGCACAAUCGUGACA